GCAUAACUGUACAUUUAACGACACCAACCAAGCCCAUAUACAAUAUAAUUAACUGUUUAUGUGCCAUUAUUCAAACAAUCUCUCACUUUGCAAACAGGCGUUUAUUUGUCACCUUAGCAUGUUUGCAGUGUACAUAGCACCAAUCCAUGUAAGUUCGCUCUACGUAAAGGCCCUGGAGGUUGUGCACAGGCAGGUGACAUUAGGCAGCCACGUUAGAGAAGGGAGAGAGCAUGUGGCCACAGUCUCUCCCACCAGAACCAGGUGGGUGUCACAGGAGUAGGUGACCUGUGCUCCUACUCUGGAACUGGUCAACUCACCAACACUGCCAUUCACUGGUGGACUGGGAGGACCAC